UAUAGCAGCAUUUACAUAUCUCCCAUCCCUAACUCUUUAAAAUAAACGUACAGCCCGGGACGAUUUGUUGGCAUUAUUUUGUUUUUGUGCUCUUUCAUCGCAGCUAUUAUACGCAAUUCGGAAUGGAAUCCACUAAUGAAAAUGAACACGAUGAUGCGAGCGUCCUGGCGCCGACGCCACUUGGCAAACAAAGUGGACGGACACACAAAGACACACCAUUAGCCAUGAAAACUCGUCACGGUCGCAAGAAAAGCCAAGCUAACCCUGAAUUGGGUUCGCCCACCAAUCCAGAGCCUCCCAAAACACCACCAAGCAGCAGACGCAUUAUGACAAAAAAUGAAACCCCGCGACGCAGUGCGCGCAAGAGUGUGCGCCCGGCGUUGGACUACGAUGAUAUUAUGUUACGUUCUGCUACCAAGGAGAUGAAGAACAAAGUUACUGAAGUGAUUGAGGAAAUUGAGGAGCCCACACAGAAGUGGACUGCCGCAGAAGUGGGCCGCAAUUCCUGUAAGCGCAGUCGCAAGUCCAGACGCGCUUCCAGCAAGCCCAAAACCAUUCUGGGAGAGAAAGACAAAGAAGUCGUCAAGCCAGAUGCUGCUGAGGAGCCAGAGGAUACUAGCACUGAGAAAAAAGAUUCAAAAUCAGGCACUGAAGAUGAGGAUGAACAGUGUUUGAUUUCUGUCGGAGUGCAACACAUUACAGCCGAUGAGACCGAUGAGGAAGCUGUGGCAACAACUAAACAGGCAGUUCUGGCUGAUACCGAAGAAAAAGCGGUGGAAAUAAAUGCUGUGUCCACUGCACAGGCGCCACAGGCCGCACCGAAUGAUACGACAUUGGACGACCUGGGAUUGUGUCCACUUGAGCCUAUGGAGCAAUCCGAGCAUGCUGCAUUCGAAGAUGAAUUUGAAUGCGAAAUGCCCUCGCUGAUUAUGAUCGACGAUGAUGAGCUGGCCGAGCCAGAUAAAUCUGUGCUCAACACGACCUUUGACGCAGAGGAAAGAAAGAGUAACGAAUCGAAUGUUGUCGCAGUCGAAAUUGCCGAUUCUGAUGCUUCAGUGAAGCCAUCGAUUAAAGUUGUUCUAACAACGGCUGAUGACCAGAACCAGACCCUUUUGACUUUAGAUGAAAUCGGAACAAAGUCAACUAAACCAAGUCCCAACCGCUCCAAGAUAAAUCGAUUACCUACACCUUACAAGUCGCGAAAGUCGUCAUCGCGCAAGUCCCCCAAGACAGGGAAGCCAACCCAGUUGGCUAACACAGAAAUGAGAAAGCGACGCUCAAAUUCAGCCACUACUUGGGAUGAUAUCAAAUCGAGAACUGUCUCGUUUCGUAGUCCCCUGGAAAUUGCCCAUGUCGAUGACAUUGAUAAGCGCUGGGAGCGUCUGAACACCAGUAAUGUUACAAAUCGACGCAAGCGCUCAAUGUCGGUGGACGAGAUCCGCCCGAAGGGUAGCAGGAUUCCGCAGCCAAAAUUCUUUAAGGGAAGCCAAGUGAUCACACCCAGCAAGGUGAAGAUGCGAACAAAGCUUCCAAACUUUGCAGCCAUUCAUCAGAAGCAAUUCGCCAAAAUGGAAAAUUUGGUGGACCAUCUCGACCGCAAGGCAGUACGCGCCAAGGUUUUAACUAGCUCAGCCUUGAAGCAUGAACCAGGCGCUGGAUCAACCGUGAAGAAGAUGCCAAGUUCCAGUGCUGUGGCGGCUGGCGAUUGCUCCCGACCACGGGCGCUCAGGAAAAUUGAUUGGUGCAACCCGACAGCAGCCAAGCAGCCUGAAAAUGAGUUGCAUGAGCCACCACGUCCAGCCACUUCGGCGAAGGUGCCGUCACAAAGCCGUCUGCCAUUGAAGAGUGGCAGUAACAUAGUGUCGAAGCCAGCGUUCAAUUUAUCAACAAACGUGGUCAAGAAAUUUACAGCAACCAGCACGGCCACCACUGUGCCAACCGGGUUUGAGGAUAAGGUGGCAGAGAGACGCCAACGGCACAUGGAAAUGUUCAAGAGCCGCAGCGCCCCAAAAGAGAAAACUGGACAGUUCAUACGUGGAGUGCGCUUAAAUCGUCGCUUUGAGCUACAGAUGCAGCAUCGUCGCCACAUGGAGGAGGAAUAAGCCUAGAUUUAAAUGUUUAAUUACUUUUUACGUUCGAACUAACACACACAUAUGUAUAUUUAUGAUUUGUCUUUUCGGUUCCUUGCAAUGCGGGGCUUAAACAUGCUGUAACAAAUUAAUUCAUUAAAGUUAUAUUAAUCUUUUCUUGUA